AUGUCGAAGCAAAAGCAGCCUCAACAAAAAAGUUUGCUACCGCAACUAAACAUUCUGCCAAAAAUUAUUAAUGGCGGUAUUGCGAGUAUUGUGGGUAUAUGCAUAGUAUUUCCAUUGGAUUUAGUAAAGACCAGACUUCAGAAUCAAACGAUCGGUCCAAAUGGCGAGAAGCAAUAUAAAAACAUGUUAGAUUGCUUCAAGCAGACAUACCGAGCAGAAGGCUACUUCGGUAUGUACCGAGGGUCUGGUGUCAAUAUCCUACUGGUCACACCAGAGAAAGCUAUUAAGUUAGCUGCCAAUGACGUAUUUCGAUACUAUUUGGCCAAUCCAGACGGAACUAUAUCGCUGUUAAAUCAGACGAUUUCUGGCGCUGGGGCCGGGCUUUACCAGGCUUUAAUCACCACACCUAUGGAGCUCCUGAAAAUUCAGUUACAGGAUGCUGGACGAAUCGAAGCACAAAUAAAAGCUGCGGGAGGAACAAUACCACCUAGACCAACUGCCUGGGGACUAACCAAGAAAUUAUAUUCUCAAGGAGGCUUUUUCGGAUUUUAUAGAGGCAUAAGAGCUACAGCGAUACGAGACGUCGGUUUCAGUGCGAUUUACUUCCCCAUGUUCGCAAUCCUCAGCAAGUGGGGACAGAAGCCAGACGAAAUAACACCACCUUUCUGGUGGUCGUUCAUUUCGGGCUAUGUUGCGGGAUCUACAUCAGCUGUAGCCGUCACUCCAGCAGAUGUAAUUAAAACUCGCAUGCAAACAAUACCAAAGGCACUGGCGAACGGCAAUAUUCGGGGGUUGUGGAUUGCAUUACGUCCACGAUCCGGAACGAGGGCAUAACAGCUUUAUUCAAGGGUGGAUUGUGCCGUAUGAUUGUGCUCGCACCACUGUACGGUAUCGUGCAGACGGUCUACUACCUCGGCAUUGCGGAAAGAUUACUAGGCUACAAUAUGGAGAAAUUCGUCUGA